CGCUGUCGCCCCGCCCCGUGGCCUUUGCCCCGGUCGGGCGGGACUUCCUGUGUUGUAUUUCCAAGGACUCCAAAGCGAGGCCAGGGACUGAAGGCGUGUGUGUCGAGCCCUCUGGCAGAGGGUUAUCCUGGAUCAAAUGCACGGUUUCUCACCUCGUACACUUACGCCCUCCCGCGGCACGUCCGGGAGGACUUGAGGUCCUGAGCGCUCAAGUUUGUCCGUAGGUCGAGAGAAGGCCAUGGAGGUGCCGCCAUCGGCACCGCGGAGCUUUCUCUGUAGAGCAUUGUGUCCAUUUCCCCGAGUCUUUGCUGCCGAAGCUGUGACUGCCGAUUCGGAAGCCCUUGAGGAGCGUCAGAAGCGGCUUCCCUUCGUCCCAGAGCCCUAUUACCCGGAAUCUGGAUGGGACCGCCUCCGGGAGCUGUUUGGCAAAGAUGAACAGCAGAGAAUUUCAAAGGAACUUGCUGAUAUCUGUAAGACGGCAGUUACAGCAGGCGUCAUUGGCUGGGUGUAUGGGGGAAUACCAGCUUUUAUUCAUGCUAAACGACAAUACAUUGAGCAGAGCCAGGCAGAAAUUUAUCAUAACCAGUUUGAUGCUGUGCAAUCUGCACAUCGUGCUGCCACACGAGGCUUCAUUCGUUAUGGCUGGCGCUGGGGUUGGAGAACUGCAGUGUUUGUGACUAUAUUCAACACAGUGAACACUAGUCUGAAUGUAUACCGAAAUAAAGAUGCCUUAAGCCAUUUUGUAAUUGCAGGAGCUGUCACGGGAAGUCUUUUUAGAAUAAACAUAGGCCUGCGUGGCCUGGUGGCUGGUGGUAUAAUUGGAGCCUUGCUGGGCACUCCUGUCGGAGGCCUGCUGAUGGCAUUUCAGAAGUACUCUGGUGAGACUGUUCAGGAGAGAAAACAGAAGGAUCGAAAGGCACUCCAUGAGCUAAAACUGGAAGAGUGGAAAGACAGACUACAAGUUACUGAGCACCUCCCUGAGAAAAUUGAAAGUAGUUUACAGAAAAAUGAACCUGAGAAUGAUGCUAAGAAAAUUGAAGCACUGCUAAACCUUCCUAGAAACACUUCAGUAAUAGAUAAACAAGACAAGGACUGAAAGUGCUCUGAACUUGAAACUCACUGGAGAGUUGAAGGGAGCUAUGCUGCCAUGUCCGUUGAAUGCCGACAAGCCACUCUUUGGUCAGCCCGCUGACAAAUGUAAGUGCUGGUACCUGUGGUGGCAGUGGCUUACUCUUGUCUUUUCUUUUUAACUAAGAAUGGGGCUGUCGUACUCUCACUUCACUUAUCCUUAAAUUUAAAUACAUAUUCAUGUUUGUAUUAAUCUAUCAAUAUACACAUACAUGAAUAUAUCCACCCACCUAGAUUUUAAGCAGUAAAUAAAACAUUUCACAAAAGAUUAAAGUUGAAUUUUACAGUUCGUA